AUGGAAAUCCGGUGGAAGCGUGGUGUACUAGCACUUCUAGUCAUCGCCGUUAUCGCAAUCCCAGCCAACGACGCAUCCUCAGAAGAACGUCACCAGCAGGGACUCGAAAACAGUUCAAAAGUGUCCGACACGAGCCAGAGCGACGCUUCCGGGGUAGAAAGCGGCACGCACCCGUCCGAAAUCGGUCACUUUCGUUCGACAGACGAGCUAAUUGGUUCGCGUGGGGCAGCCGAACCACGCCAACCCACCCACCCGGCGGGAGGAAGCUCGAAGAAGCGCCCGCCGCACGCCAAGGAGAACAAAAAGUACCGGAAAAAGUACGUGUCCGAAGCAGAUUAUCGAAAAUCGAUGCCGCACGCCGAUGUCGAGCAAGAGGAGCCACUGGAGCGCACCGGCGGACCGUCGGCCAAAUCCAGCGAGCCGCACAGCAGGAAGAAGCGCCUGAUCUGGGUUACGGACGAUGGCCGGCUGGCGCUACCGCCCGGCACGUCGCUGACGAUUGCUCCGACGAUUGCACUGCCAUUUGUGCGCUAUCCGCCGGACGGCUUUCUGUCCAACAUCUCCAUCAGUUUACCCAUAACGAUUGACUUCGAUAAGCUGGGCCUAACGGAUAACCAGAAUCCGCUCGGUGUCCUACCGCCCUUGUUUGCCCGGUCGAUGGGCCAAGCUGCCGGUUCGGUGUUGGCUGACUAUGUUUCGGACUACAUGAGAAUCCAACGGCGCAAGCGUAGCGCUCCGAGUGCUACGAGCGAUCACUUCAAGAUCACCACCAACCAUUUGGACGAUGACGAAAACCAGAGAAUGCCCCAGCUUCCGGUUGAGCACAAACAUGCCUUCCACGGAGGAGAACGCGCACUUUUGUAUGUAGUUGUCGAGGACUUUUUGGCGACCUUUGGUUUGGACGGAAGAGCAUGCAUGCUUCGUGCCAUAUGUGAGGUGCAUUCAAAGUCUUUGGAGAAGUUUGGGUUGAUUGGAGAGAUGCUGAAAUUGUUCUUCACAGCAUCAUUGUCGCCAUAUUCAGAGCAUUUAGACGAGUACGUUACGGCAGAAAAGAUAGGCCGUGGUCAGGACGGGCCAGGCGAAUGCUUCCCGUACUACAAGGACUGCCCGAAGAGUUUGUUCCGCGCAUCAAAUGCGUUCCAGCACAGAUAUCAGCAACAGGACCAGCGACGGGACGGCUCCGUACAGGAUGUCGACGAGGAUCACUUUGGCAACGAUAUCCCGAGUGGUUCGCACGAGGAAGCCGAAUAUUUGGUGCGGGAACCACGUGCCAGUCGCUCGAGAAGCGGUCACGCCAAAGAAAAUACGGUUGUGCAGUUGGAUCAGCGUGAUCUCACGGAGAUGGCAAUGUGA